AUGGCUCCCUUAGCCGAAGUCGGAGGCUUCCUGGGCGGCCUAGAGGGCCUGGGCCAGCAGGUGGGCUCGCACUUCCUGCUGCCUCCUGCCGGGGAGCGGCCGCCUUUGCUGGGCGAGCGCCGGGGCGCGGCGGAGCGAGGCGCCCGCGGGGGCCCUGGGGCGGCGGAGCUGGCGCACCUGCACGGCUUCCUGCGCCGCCGGCAGCUCUACUGCCGCACCGGCUUCCACCUGCAGAUCCUGCCCGACGGCAGCGUGCAGGGCACCCGGCAGGACCACAGCCUCUUCGGUAUCCUGGAAUUCAUCAGUGUGGCAGUGGGACUUGUCAGUAUUAGAGGUGUGGACAGUGGUCUUUACCUUGGAAUGAAUGACAAAGGAGAACUAUAUGGAUCAGAGAAACUGACUUCUGAAUGCAUCUUUAGAGAGCAAUUUGAAGAGAACUGGUAUAAUACCUAUUCAUCGAACAUAUAUAAACAUGGAGACACUGGCCGCAGGUAUUUUGUGGCACUUAAUAAAGACGGAACUCCAAGAGACGGUGCCAGGUCCAAAAGACACCAGAAAUUUACACAUUUCCUGCCUAGACCAGUGGAUCCAGAAAGAGUUCCUGAACUGUACAAGGACCUACUUAUGUACAGUUGA